GUCAAUCGGUGUGGUGUCAAUCACAGCGGCGGCUUCUCUUUCAUCUUUACGCUCGCAGUCACUGCAAGGAAGAGAACGGAGAGAGGAGGGGGAGGAGAGCUAGCUACUUUACAAACACAUCUACAGCCGCUACAUUACUCGUGGAGCGGCGCUCCAGUUUGGAACUCGGGUCCACAGCGCUUUACUCACGAUAACUUAACCAUUUUAUAGCUUUAUUACUGUUAAAUGAACACGUUCAGAUAUGUAUUCCGAAUCUAGAAGAAGAAAUGAACACUCGGCGAGUUAUAUUUAAAACACAGAGCACGCGCGUGAGUUUGUUACCUUUGUAGCGAAUCCACGAUUUUCGACUUUCUUUUCUUGUUUUUCUUAUCUUAGUUACUUUUAUCUCUUUUUCAUUUUUCACAAGAGGACAGCUACUGGCUCCGAGGCUGAGAACGGGGAACUACACGAGACAUCAUUUCAUGCGAUUUUUGUUUAAUUUUACCACGGGACCGUCAAGGGAGCAAUUCAGUUUGUUUUCUUCCGCUUAUUUAUAAGGCACGUCUGAAGUCUAACUUUUGCCAUUUUUAAAGAGCCAAACAGGAGUGUGUCACACUCGGAGCGCACACAAAAUAUCCGCUUGUAGCGAUAACUUUUUUAAUUUUCUUAUUUUGGACUCCUAAUAAUUUGAAGAAUCCACAUAGCCUACAAUUCAAACAUCAUAGCAAGCCAGCCGCACUCCUGUUGCUUUAGCCAAAACACAGGCAGCGUGUUUGCACGCCUUGUAAUCACGCUAGGCUUAAAGCAUAGAUUGUAUAACCUCUUUCUGGAAUCUCUCAACUUUAAGUUUCGGGAUUUUGAACCCCAUUCGAACUGUGUGGGUGCUUGAAUAAAUCAAAAUGCCACAGUUAGCCGGUGGAGGAGGCGGCGGGGACCCGGAGCUCUGCGCCACCGACGAAAUGAUUCCCUUCAAAGACGAAGGAGACCCACAGAAAGAACAGAUAUUCGCAGAGAUUAACCACUCGGAAGAAGAAGGGGACUUGGCAGAAAUCAAGUCCUCUUUAGUCAAUGAGACGGAGAUAAGCCCAAACAGCAACAGUCAUGAUACAGGUAGACAGUCCCAGAUACCCCAAGACUCAUACCAUGAAAAGCACAGAGAUCUUUCAGAUGAUGGCAAGCAUCAAGACAUGUACAACAAAGGGCACCCAUAUUCUGGCUAUCCAGGCUACAUCAUGAUGAACAUGAACAAUGACUCGUACAUGAACAACGGCUCACUCUCACCACCCAUGGCCAGAACGUCAAACAAGGUGCCAGUGGUGCAGCCAUCCCACGCAGUCCAUCCCCUCACCCCCCUCAUCACGUACAGCGAUGAGCACUUCGCUCCGGGACCCCACUCUGGACACCAUCCCCAGGACAUGAACAUCAAGCAAGGUACAGUAAACGGUAUGCAGAGGCAUCAUCAUGGUCAAGACAUUCCCAACUUCUAUCCCUUGUCCCCAGGAGGAGUUGGACAGAUCACUCCACCACUGGGAUGGUUUUCCCACCACAUGGUCCCAGGUCCGCCCGGCCCCCAUGCCACAGGCAUCCCGCACCCUGCUAUCGUAAACCCCCAGGUCAAACAUGAGCCCCAUCACGACACCGAUCUGAUGCACAUGAAACCUCAGCACGAACAGAGAAAAGAGCAAGAGCCCAAAAGACCUCACAUCAAGAAACCUCUAAACGCUUUCAUGCUGUAUAUGAAGGAGAUGCGGGCCAACGUGGUGGCCGAGUGUACGCUGAAGGAGAGCGCCGCCAUCAACCAGAUCCUGGGGAGGCGGUGGCAUGCUUUAUCUCGGGAAGAGCAAGCUAAGUAUUACGAAUUAGCCCGCAAGGAACGCCAGCUCCACAUGCAGCUCUACCCUGGCUGGUCCGCUCGAGACAAUUAUGGAAAGAAGAAGAAGAGGAAGCGGGAGAAGAUGCAGGAACAGGCCACAGGUACAGGCCAGAGAAUGAAAACGGCGUACAUCUGAGCUAUGGAGGGAAGCGGAAUGCGUUCUCUACAUGUAAGGCGAAGGCUGCAGCUACAGGCCCCCUUUUAGAGAUGGAGGCCUGCUAAAUUGACCAUGACCUCUCCUGUCCCUCCUGACGCGUCUGCCAGAGGAACCCUGAACCAGACCACGCUCCUCUCCUCUCCGCUCCUCUCCAGCAGUCACUGCUGUAGAGACACUGAACUGAGAAAAGACAAUCAAUCCUUUUCGAAGACCCGUACCCUCUCACGAGACAGGCCCUCAAUCAAACGAACAAAACACAGAGACGGCGUCUGUUCAAGUUCCUUUUCUGUCCUCUUAUGACUUGUUUUAUUGUCAUCAAAGCCCUAGGCAUUGCACUGAAUACAUCCAGCAAGUUGUUCACCCCCCCCACCCCCACCCCGACACACUCAGAUGUUCAGCGUCCCCAAAGCCCCCCCACUCUGGAGCCGGUCUGGCUGGACCUACGCCAGCUCUGUUCCAGACCGCACUGCCUGCCACCCCACCAGGGCAGCUGUUUGCUCCUAAGUUAUUAACUUAUUUUUGCACCUUUGUUCCUAUCAGCACAGUUCACUGAGUUCCUCCCCGUCACUCGCUUGGUUUCGUCCUCCUCACGGCUGACGUCUGGUUGUCCAGACACGCAGUCCUGUUCAGGGGCCCAGUACCUCUUAGCACCCUGCUGUCACCGCCAACACACUUCCCAGGACCCUGGGCCAUCACUGACGACAUCCUCUCAAGACCCAAGUUUGGGCUUUCUGACCAGGGGGUGCAAAAAGGAAAAAAGGAUCAACAUUUCACUCUGUUCACAUCUGAUGUUGAAAUUCAUUUUGAAUGCUUUUUGUAUAUUUUUUUUUUUUUUUUUUUUUUUUUUUUGACAUUUCAUUUCUUGGUGUAUAUUUCAAGUGAGAUUUUGUUCUGUUUUUGUAUCAUUUUUUUUUUUUAUAUAUAUAUAUAUAUAUAUAUAUAUAUACUGGUAUAUAUGAAAAUAAGCUUUGGAGACAGGAAAGCCAUUUUUUCUUGUUGAAGCAUCCUGCAGAAAUGAAAUGAAUAGGCGUCUUUUUGAUAACUAUUUGUAACAGAUAGUGACCUCUCAGUCUUGCGCUAAUGUAAAAUAAUGCUCACUAUAUUAUAUGUACUUUUUAAAGACAAGAGUCUUCAAGAUGCAUCACUUUUCUUGGUAUUUUUGCAGGCGAUAUUAGGACAAAAGCAUAAGAGUAGGUGCGCAGAUGCCUCUAUUUUAUUGUUCUAAAUCAAGACAUGAAGCAGAUAUAUAUAUAUAUAUAUAUUUACCCCAGCACUUGACCGUCUUUCUUUUAUUGCGAUGUACCUCUGUCUUCUCUUUAUUGUAGGUAAUAGUGUGGUAUUUUGCCAUGUUCUUUAUUCCAUGCAAGCAUUUCUGUAACAUUUUAUCAAUUUUAUGUUCUUUUUUAGUAUUACCUGAUGCAUUUUUUUUACUCAUUGUCAUAUUUUAAAUCAUUGUCAUCUUGGUUUAGCAAUUCGCUUCCAAGUGGUCACAUUUUAACUGUGUUUCAAAAUGUCUUGUUUUUUUUUAAGAAAAUAAACAGGCAUCAUUGACUGAGAA